GCUUCCCAAAGGAGCUCGCCGCUAUGAGCGCUGCGCGCGUGUCUCAUGCUUGCGAGUCUAUGGGCGGGAGAGUGAGCAGCGCCGGAAACUUGGUCGAAAGUUCCGAGAAGGCUCCUCGGCUCGCCCAGCGGCAUCUCCCUCCCAGCGGCUCUUGGACUCUGCCGAAGCCACGGAGUGUGUGAGUGAGGGGCGGCGGCCAUGUCCGGGUCCUCCAACGUCGCGGCUAUGAAGAAGGUCGUGCAGCAGUUGCGCCUCGAGGCCAACGUGAGCCGCGUGAAGGUUUCAGAAGCUGCAGCUGACUUGAAGCAGUUUUGUCUGCAGCAUGCACAUCAUGAUCCUUUAUUAACAGGAGUUUCUUCAAGUACAAAUCCAUUUAGACCACAAAAAGUCUGUUCGUUUCUCUGACUUGGUGAACUACGUGGAAUCUUUUCAUGAUCGUCUAACAAUUUUUCAUAGCUGUUGAUGGGUGUGGUGAAUAUGAAAGUGAAGCAAGAUGGCUUAUAACCUGUACAGAAAUUUUGCAUUAAUGUGCCAAUUUAGAGAUAGUAAUACUGCUACUGUUGUCAAAACUCUUACAAUCUACCUCUCUAAACACAUUGUAUGCUAGUUGCAAUAACUUCUGUAUCAUGAGGGAAUCAAUUUUAUAUUCAAGCAAUAAAGAGUUGACUUAAUGACUUUGAA